CUUAGGCCCCUGUUCAGUACUUAGUGGCCGUUCAAAAUCAGAUAGCACUUCAGAACAUACCGAUCUAUAUAGCUAGAUAUUUGUAAUGGAUACUACGAUCACGUGCCUUGAUCAACCCUGUUAACCCUGUCAUGGAAUGCAGACACCAGGAAGUGACAUUGGCUGUGUAAAAACAAGCUUAAUCUAUAUUCCAAUUUCAAUUCACAAGGUCAAUUCAGUGACUUAAACUGUGAAUUACAUAAGUUAUUUGGUGUGCUACAUUCUCUCCUUUUUCCAUACAUACUCUUUCUUCUCAAACAAAACACAUAUUAUAUUUUUGUGUCUUAUUGCCUUCCCAAUAGAUAAUGCGCAGGUCGGCUUUYAGUUAAUACUUAUAAUGUGAAUUGGGAUACCUGUGUAACGCUCGUCUGAAGGAAGAGGCGGAAGCCACAAGGUAUCAGAGCAGGAGAACUGCACUGUUUCCAUGGUGAUACAAAUAACUAAGUUCUGUUAUAGAAGUCCACAUAGAGUACCAUGAGAUUUUAUCCUAGUCACCGAUAUAGACGAUAUACUUAUUGAUCGUGGUUUCAGGUGCUGUAUUCAUCUUUCAUUAUAGUUUGAUAACUAAUUCAUGACUUCGUGUCAGUGAACAACAUUUUAAUUCUCUUCAUGGACCUGUUGUUUUGUUAUUUAGCGAAGACAAAACAAUAUUUUUUUCGAUAAUCACUUUAUAAUGAUAAUGUUUUCUAAGUCAUUUUCAAGGUUAUUUGUACGUGAAUGUAUAGGUAUUUUACUUAUUUUGGUUCUUCAAAUUGAGAUGAAAAAGUUCAAAACGCCAGGAGUAAAAACAAGACAAGCAAUCCAAUAUAACGAGCCAGUGAUAGGUAAGAUUGGUGUUACUGCAGUCAAUCAAGUUAUCGACAACUGAAGCUGCUGUAGAAUAGCGUCRGAGACAAAUAGACUCAACAAUGUCGAGGUAUUUUGACACAAGAGGUCACUGGAAAACUGUCCAAAAUGGCUCAAGGGCAAUACGUAUUAUCAUCCUAUGUAAAUAUGAUAGAAGCUGCUGGCGCACGCGUAGUACCCUUCCUAAUAAACCAAACCCCUGAACAAGUAGAAAGAAUGUUCACUUACAUCAAUGGCAUUGUUUURCCUGGAGGUCAUGUUAAAUUACAGCAUUCCAAGUACGGGACUGUGGGCAAACAGUUGUUUGAAUUGGCAAAAAAGGCAAACGACAAGGGUGAUGUGUUCCCAAUAUGGUGUGAAUGCCUAGGAUUAGAACUAAUAGCUUUACUAGCAUCUGGAAGAGGUCUUUUCAAAGGACAAUAUGAUACCAAGUUGUUUGAUUAUGUAUAUGCYAAGAAUGUUACCAUGCCUUUAACAAUGGCUGGAGACUGGAAAAAAAGUAAAUUAUACGGGUCAGCUCCUGCCGAUAUGCUCAAGUUUAUGACGACACAGCUCAAAGGAUUUCACAACCAUAAUAAAGCCAUCACUAUGAAGAUCUACAAAAAGUUCAAAAAACUUUCAGACAUGUUUAGUGUAGUGUCAACUAAUAAAGAUAAAAAAGGAAAAGAAUUUAUAUCAACUUUUGAAGGUAAAAAGUAUCCAUUCUACCUUUUACAUUGGCAUCCAAGUAAAUCACAAAACUACGCGCCCUAUGGCUMUGCAAUGACUCCAGAUCAAAAGGCGGUUUGGGCAGCACGUUUCUUGGUGGGAGUCUUUAUUAAUCAAGCGCGCAUGAGCAAACACAGGUUCCCGGAUGAGAUGACAAAAGCGAGAUCACUAAUCAAUAACUUUCCUGUCAUUAGAAAUAAUGAAGUUGAUGGAUAUUUCACUCCCAUGUAGAAUUUUAACAUAUAGCCAUAUUAUCUSUAAUAUUACAAUUUUCAGUAGUUAAUUAAAAGACUAAAUAUACAAUAAAUUUUAUAGUUUUCGUUGA